UUUUAUGACUUUUUUUUUCCUUUUUUUUUUUUUCGACCACCCAGUGGACAUUUUUUCCAAAAAUUCUUGUAAACCAAAAAAUAAAAAAGGAGUGGCCUUACCAUUAAUAAAUAUUCUAGAACAAAUAAAAGUUGUACAGAUAAACAUUUUUUGAUAUUUCAUCAUGAUAUCAUCAUUUGAACCAAGCAUAUAAAAGGUGAAUUGUUUGUACCAUUGCGCCUUACUAAAUAAAAAAUAAAUUGAAUACAUCAGAUACCCUUGAACAAUGGCCGACAAAAUACCUCCUCUUACAAUCCUGAUCAUGAAUGUACAUGGUAACCCGACAGCUACCAGGAGGAGGCAGGCAAUUUCAAGGGUUAUAGAUGAUACACGUCCAGACGUUGUGUUGUUUCAGCAGUUUAGGUGGGCGGGCAUUCGUCGCCUAUACCGACUGUCACCAAGUUAUCAAUAUAAAAGACAUGAAAAUGCUAGUCUUAUGUAUGAUAGUGACACUGUAAGUGUUGAUGAUGAUGAUUUUCUCCAACUUGUCAUAGAUGAGAUUCUGGCUAUGCAAAACAUUUUCUAUCCUGUUCCCAGAAUGUGUUUCACUAAAGUAAUGCCAGAUACAAAUCCUGUAUAUGAAUUCAUCUGCAUAUCCUGGCAUGGGUGGUAUAAUGGGACGAAAGAGAAUGAAAGAAUAAAUUUAUUUAUGUUAUUUAUGGAGUUUCUAACAAAUUUCCAAGCAUUUUACGAUCUGCCAAUGCUUAUAGCAGGUAGCUUUAAUAUCAAAAGGGAAGAAAUUGAGAAUUUGGUACUGCCACCAUUUCACUUAUGUGGAUACAAUGCUUCAGAGAGACGGAUUGAUAAUGUCACUGACUUUUAUAUAAUUAGCGAAGAACUUCAUUUAGAGGGAAUAAGGCCGGUGGUUUUGGAAGAAGACGAGGAAGAAGUUCUUGACCACGAUCCAAUCAUUGCAACCCUUAGACCAAGGAUGUAAAAUGAACUGUGAACGAUGUUGCUAGUGGGAUAGUAUGUUUGUGGUUUGAAAUCAUACACCAAGAGCCUCUAGGAUAUCAAAUGAACAGUGAACGAUGUGCAAACGAUGUUGUUAGUGCGACAGUGUGUUUGUGGUUUGGAAUCAUACAAAGACAGCAUAAUACAUGAAAUCAGCAUAUAGGCCACACCAAAUUAAUGUUUUGUUCCUCGGAUUUUUGCCAAAUAAAAUUGGAGCGAGCGAGUGAAAAAAAAAAUUAAAAUACAAUUCUGUCAGUUUUCAUUAAACCCGAAGCGAGCGAAGAGCGAAAAAUAUUUUUUUCCUUAUAAUCAAUAUAAAUAAGAAAGAUUGUUCAAUAUAAUGCCCGUAAACCCAUUUAAAUGUCAUCUUGAACUGAGCCUCGAAUGGACAUUGGGAAAAUGUCGGAAUACCUACUAUUUAUUCAUCCGUGUUUAGUACAAACAUCAAAUUUCUUAUAUAAUUAAAACGUAUUUUAAUAUGACGAUCAUUCAUAAUAAAAAAUAAUCCUGCUUUUAGUAAAAAAAAUUUAACGACUUAUAUAAAUCUACCCGAAUCAGUUUAACAUGAUAUGCAACUGUAUCUAGACAUACUUAGGAUUUAUUUUGGAUUUGUAAAAAAUGAUUUUUACACGGGCAUCAUCAAACAUCAGACUCCAUAUAACAUAGACUAAAUUUUGUUUUUAUUAUCACAGGAAAUGCAAUGACAAGUGCUUAUCAAAACAAAAAGAACAAGGGUAUGUUUAGAAUUACUUUUAAUGCUUUUAUACACCAGCCAAUUGUAUAUGCCCCCCCCCCCCCCGCCAAGUCCGGAAUAGCAGGGACUUUGACUAUUGGUCCAUCCAAUCCCGGGUAAAAUACCCGACCUGCAGGGGGACACGCUGCCGGAUUAAAUCCCUGCCAAACGGCCCAGCACCCCGGGAUACCUAGGUGAGGCCUAUUCCCAGCUAUUUUCAGUGUGAAGACAAAACCACUGCAUUCACUAGGCACUGCGGGGCCACCUGAAAGGUAAAAACACAGCCCGUUGCCCCCGCUCUCCCCGGUAUACCCCUGGACCGGGGGCGAGGGUUGGGCGGGGCAGUGGUUACAAUUGACUGGUGCAUUAUAAUCCCGGAUUAUGGUGCAAAUGAAAACAAAAUUUAAGGUGAUAAAAACUUAGGCUUACCUAUGUUUAGGUCUAUUCAGACCAGUGUUUACACUGUAUCGCUAUUUGUGAAAAGAUAUUUGUUCAAAACUGUUGUUUUGUCAGAAUUUGAUCAAAAAUGAGCUUGAUACAUCAAUUUGGACCAAACAAUGACUCAUGUUCCUGUUAAGUUGAGCUGUCCAGCAUCGUCGUAACAAGGUAAACUUUUGGUCCCUUGUAUUAUGACUUGAAUAAAAUAGUACGAAGUUGAUCAUUCCGAUUUCCAUUCAAAACGAGUCACUAACAACGCAAUAUAAUAGCUACCUGUCUCAGAUACACAUGCUUUAUUGCAUACUUAUUGCUUUAAUUAAUGAUCCUUUAGUGCAUGAGACGAUGAACAAUGACUUCAAGCAUGCUCAAAACAUCUUUGUCAAAAAUAAGAUUUAAUUUCCAAAAUUCGUGCCACAUUGUUUAUACCGGAAGCCGCCAUUUUGAUUGAAUUGAUUGAAAGACCCAUGCUAAACCGAUCGAUAUACAGUAUAAAACACUACGCAUCGGUAGCUUCCCUUUACAAAAACACGAAAACUAGCGUAGAAAAAUAAUAAUUGAUUAUUUUUCAGUCUAUUAAAGAAUUAUUACCUGAAAAAAUCUUGUUGGCAAUCAAAAUGUAGGUGCCGGCGCACAAAUUUUUUUUUUUUUUUUUUUUUACUUUUUCAAAAAAAUAGGAACGGUAAAUCCGCGGAACGAAACAUCAAUUUGGUGUGGCCUUACUGUUUUCUUGUGUCCUUUACCAAACAAGCAAUUCUAUAUUUUGUUAUAUUGUUGUUUUAUUCCAUUACUUCUGACAUGUUACAGUAUAAUAUUUAUAUUUGAUGUUGUUUAAAAAAUGAAACUAGACCUAUCACUGAAUGUGAUUAAUAUCCUCAAAUGCCGACAUAAUAGGAAAUAGCAGUCAAAUAUUAAGAAAUGCCACCAAAAUUUGACAAUGCUGAGGAGGGGGUACUUUUUUGUUCAUUUUUAAAAUGACUUUUUAAAUAAAGGUAUUUUAAUUUUCUGCAGUGCACAAGCUUACAUGGCAAUCUUUAAUUGUUAAAAAUGUUCCUUUGCUCGAACUCCAUGUAUUCAUCAAUUUGUUUCUUCCAUGAACUUUAAUUUAAACUGUUAUCGAUAAUAAUGAAAAGUAAAAGAGGGAAAUAACUUGGGAUUGAAAAUCAGACAAAAGUCAUAAUCGAUCAUUGAAUAUAUUUGGACUAGCCAUUUCGAUCAAUCAUCAGUAUAUAUAACACAAACUGAACAUGUUAUUGAAUUAUAAAGUAUAUCCAUGAACAUACUGAUUUGUAUAUAAAUGAAUAAACAUUAUCAUAAUGA